AUGGUGAGAAAGAGCAAGGGCCGUCAAAAGGUGGAGAUGGUGAAGAUGCCUAAUGAAAGUAAUCUGCAAGUAACCUUCUCGAAACGUCGGUCUGGACUUUUCAAGAAGGCUAGUGAGCUUUGCACUCUUUGUGGUGUUGAGGUUGCCAUCAUUGUCUUUUCUCCUGGAAAGAAGGUUUUCUCAUUUGGCCAUCCAGGUGUUGAGCCUGUGAUUGAACGGUUUAUCAACCGGACCACUCCUCAAACUUCACCCACUAUGCAACUAAUUGAGGCUCACAGGAAUGCUAGUGUUCGUGAACUCAAUGUGCGGCUCACUCAGGUGAGCAACCAAUUGGAAAUGGAAAAGAAGAAAACAGAAGAACUUAAUCAUACUAGGAAGGAAAACAAGAGUCAGUGCUGGUGGGAGGCUCCCAUAGAAGAACUUAACUUGCCUCAGCUAGAGCAGUUGAAGGUGUCACUAGAACACCUAAAGAAGAAUGUGGCAAGGCAAGUUGAUAAGCUUCUGAUACAAAAUUCACAAGUUCGUCAUCAACAGUUUUAUGCAUCCACUUCUGGUGCAGCAGUUCUUCCUUUUGAAUCCAAAAAUGUUGUGUUUAAUCCAGACAAGGUGCCUAGUCAUGGAUAUGGACGUGGGUUUUAUUAA